AUUGCAAUGUCAAUUCUUUGACAAGGAUAACGAGGUGAAUUGAAUAAUAAACCAAUAAACCUUUUGUCUUAGAUUAUGAAUGUUUAACUAUUCGAACAUACAACGAUAAUUCUGUAAUAAUUUUGGGUAAUGAUCUAAAAUGGUAGAACCAAUAUUUGACUACCAGUUUCGUUUAAUAUUGAUAGGCGACAGUACUGUGGGAAAAAGCUCUUUGUUAAAAUACUUUACUGAUGGAAAAUUUGCAGAGGUAUCAGAUCCUACAGUUGGAGUUGAUUUUUUUGCAAGGUUAAUAGAAGUCAAAGAUGGAACUCGCAUUAAAUUGCAACUAUGGGACACUGCUGGCCAGGAAAGAUUUCGCUCAAUUACCAAAUCGUACUAUCGAAAUUCGGUCGGGGCUUUAUUGGUUUAUGAUAUCUGCAACAUGUCUAGCUUUGAACAUGUUCCUCAAUGGAUGACUGAAGCCAGGCGUCACAUCGAGCCUCAUCGACCUGUUUUUGCUUUGGUCGGAUGCAAGGCAGAUCUAGUGAAUAACGGCGGGCAGCGUGAGGUGUCAAGAGAAGAAGCCAAAACGUUUGCAGAUAGUCACGGGCUGUUCUAUGUGGAAACAUCGGCCAAAAAUGGUUUGAAUGUAGAAGAAGCCUUCAGAUCAGUCACUCAGGAGGUUUACAACAGAAUACAAUCGGGGGAGUAUAAGAUUGAGGACGGUUGGGAUGGAAUUAAGGCUGGAUUUUCUAGACCUAACUGUCUGGAUUACCACUUAGCCGAAGCCGAGCCUGCCAAAGCUACUUGUUGUUAGGUAUAGUGUAUAUAUGUUUCACGGUAGGUUGUUCACUUUUAUACCACAUACUUUAGGAUCAAAGUAGUACAAUCGAAAUGCAAUUAGUUCAAAUCGGAUUUAAUAGUUGCCUUUUUUGGUAUAAUGUAUGCCUUGUAUAUCGAAUUCAAUAUUUUUCGUUUUACAAGAUAAACGAUAUCCACAAUAGUUACCGUAAUAUGUCUUAACUAACAGGCUAUCUGGAUAGUGGAAGUGUGAUCGUCCCAUAAUAAAAUAUACAUACUGUGACUAUGGAUAAGACAUAGUUUGUCAAGAUAAAUAUUGUAUUCGAUUCACUUGGAUUAUUUGGCGCUGGAAACAUGUUUUAUUGAAUUUGGAAAACCUUAUUGUAGUCCGACAGUUUUAUCUAUUUGAUAUACAUAUUUAGGUUAUUGCUGAACGUUCGUUUCUCUGUUCCAAAUUGUAGUUUGUCUAGUAGAAUUUAACGUGACGUCAAUAAUUUCAUACUGGAUCUAAUAUGACACAGUAGUGGCGAUCUGAAACGAUAAGACAUUAGAAAAUAAACAACUUAUUUUUUUGUCUAUAGAAUUUUUUGAGAUAUAGGAAUAUGUCUGUUGAAACUUCACUGACACUUCAACAUUGUUGUAUAAAAAGAAAUAUUUUAUGAAUUCCUCCUGACUGUUAAUAAUCAUCCCAAAAUAAAUUGAAUCACAAUUUUA